UGAGACUCUUUCUUCCGCUAUCUCAUUCAAAGAAGCUUAUCUUCGGCUAAGACGAUCUAUCUUUUCAGCUCCCUCUGAGAUUAAAAUGGAAGCUGAAAUUUGUUGUUUGCCGGAGGUAAAGAUAGGAAAUCAUGGCUUGCGAAAGCGGGUUCUGCAUAAAGGGAACUCAUGGAAAACUCCAUUUCCAGGAGAUGAAGUUGAAGUUCGCUACACUCUGCGGCUGAAAGAUGGUGAAUUCUUCGAUUCAAGUCAUGACAAAGGAACUCCCUUUAAAUUCAGAUUAGGCCAAGGUGAAGUGAUUAGAGGUUGGGAUGAGGGGAUUGCCACAAUGAAGAAGGGUGAAAGAGCAAUAUUUACAGUACCACCAGAAAUGGCUUAUGGGGAAAUUGGUUCCCCACCAACUGUUCCUCCAUAUGCUACACUGAUUUUCGACAUAGAGAUGGUCUCCUGGUACUCAAUCAGGGACAUCACUGGAGAUGGAGGAAUUUUAAAGAAGAUAAUGAGGGAAGGUGAGGGGUGGGCUACUCCAAAAGAUGCUGAUGAAGUUCUAGUGAAGUAUGUUGCAAGCACUGAAGAUGGGAUAAUUGUUUCAAAAUCAGAUGAAGAAUUAGAGUUUUCUCUAACAGAUGGUUAUCUAUGUCCUGCCAUGAGCAAAGCAGUGAAGACCAUGAGAAAGGGUGAGAAAGCUGAGCUAUCAGUGAAGUUCUCUUACUGCUCCAGGUAUCCAGGGGAUGCUCAUUGCAACAAUGAUAUUACCGCAACCAAUUCAAAGUUGACAAUUGAUCUCGAGCUGCUUUCUUGGAAAAAUGUCAUUGAUGUCAUGGGAGAUAAGAAGAUUCUUAAAAAGGUAAUAAAAAUGGGAGAUGGGUUUGAUCGUCCCAGUGAAGGAUCACUGGCAAAAGUGAUCUACAUAGGUAGAAAGGAUGAUGGCACUAUUUUUGAGUGUAAAGGAACUCCUGAAGAACCUUUUGAGUAUAUAUGUUUAGAAGAACAGAUAAAUGAAGGUUUGGACAGGGCAGUGAUGACAAUGAGAAAGGGAGAACAAGCAACAGUGAAAGUCAGCUCAGAGUUCUUACAUGGAACAGAAAAUGGAAAAUGGCCUCCCACAGCAUCAGUUCUUUAUGAGAUCAUGCUGAUCAACUUUGCUAAGGAGAAAUCAUUUUGGAAGAUGGACACACAAGAAAAGUUGGAAGCUUGUCAAAGUAAGAAGAGUGAUGGGAAUGCACUAUUCAAAGCUGGGAGAUUUGAACUUGCCUCGAAGAAGUAUGAAAAGGCUUCAAAAUACAUUGAGUUUGAUCACUCUUUCAAUGAUGAUGAGAAGUCUUUAGCAAGUUCUUUACUGUCAUCAUGCAGUUUAAAUAAUGCUGCUUGCAAGCUAAAGCUUGGAAAAUAUUUCGAGGCUUCAAGGCUCUGCACAAAGGUUCUAGAAGUAGAUCCAUGCUGUGUAAAAGCUCUCUUUAGAAGGUCACAAUCAUACCUAAGAACAUCUGAUCUGGAAAAGGCUGAAGCUGAUAUCAAGCGAGCACUUGCAAUAGAUCCAAACAACAGAGAAGUGAGGCUCGUUUACCAGGAGCUGAAAGACAAGAAAAGGCAAUAUUUUCGGCAGGAAGCUGAAAUUUUUACCAAUAUGCUGUCAAGUAUGGGAUAGUAUCGGCGUCCUAAUAACAUCUUGGGAACUAUGCCAUUUAUUCAUGUGUUUUGUCAGAUUUUGAUCUAUUCUUUAGUGAGUAUAUUUGAAGUGACUUUUUGCCACAAUACUGUGCUUCACGCCACAUAUUGUGGGCAUGAGCAUUAAGAUUUUAUUGAGGUUAGUUGUGACUACGCUCUCAUAUUUCAGACACAAAAGCUAAGAGGUUUCUGUUA